UAAACAAAUGAUUACUUAAUCAGACAUUUGUAUUGACUGUACGUUACGUACCACUGAUCGCACUCUCGCUGUCACUGCGAGUGCCUCUCACAGUGUAUAUCCGAUACAAUUAACCCACAAAAGCAGUCAACCAUUCAUUCGCAUCACAAUUGCCAUCACUUGCCAUACAAGCCAUGGAUUCGCAGAUCUCUGACGAAGAGUUUCAACGAUUGCAGACACAUUUAUUGGAGUUAAAGACCGAUAACUACGCGUUGGCUGAAGAGAAACGCCGUCACCAGCAGCUGAUCCAUGACUUAACCAAACGGGUGGAAGAGCUCGAGAAGCAGUUAUCUGUGGCCAAGACUGUCAACAAAAUAAAU